UCUUUGGCUCUUCCAUCUCUCUCUCUCUCUCUCGCUUUUCAGCCUUCAGCUGAAGGAAGGCAGCAGCGGCAGACAGGUAAAGCUAGGCCACCGCACGUCUCUGCCCUGUCACGAGUAGUCUCUAGAUCGGCUCGAGAGAGGGGCUCUUGCCCCCAAAGGUUUCACCGCCGCCAUGUCAAAAGAAAGCGAGCUUUUGGUUCCAAUCGCUUGGAGCAUUGCGUCUUUGACGGGAAAUCGACCGAUCUAUCCGUCUCAUCUCUCACCUGCCAGCCCACGCAUCUGCGCCGCUAGCAAAGCAGCUGCUGCCGCGCCCACUCCGCAAGCUUCCCACGACUCUAUUUCUGCACCAUCUUGUGCGUGCCUUGCCCCCAUGUCUCGCUAGAAACGCACACGCGUACGAGAGCACCGACCGGCAUCGACCGGCAUGACGCUGGAUGCCGUGUGCGGCGCGGCCACGGACGCCCUCGUCUACGACACCUUCAACGCGGCCGCCGCCGCCCACGACGCGUGGACGGCGGGGACGUCUGCGGCGGCGAUGCCGGGCGAAGAGGGGGACGGGGAGAAGGUGCAGGGUGGGAGGAGGAAGCGGCGGCGGCGGCCGAGGAGCUGCAGGAACCGGGAGGAGGCCGAGAGCCAGCGGAUGACCCACAUUGCCGUGGAGCGCAACCGCCGGCGCCAGAUGAACGAGUACCUCGCCGUGCUCCGCUCCCUCAUGCCGGACUCCUACGCCCACCGGGGUGACCAGGCAUCCAUCGUCGGCGGCGCCAUCGAUUUCGUGAAGGAGCUGGAGCAGCAGCUGCAGUCCCUGGAGGCGCAGAAGCGCGCCCUUCUGUCGUCGCAGCAGCAGCGCAAGCCGCCCAUUCGCGACGCAAUCCCAACAACGCCGAGCACUGCCGUCACGGCCACGGCGGCAGCGACGACGAGCAGCGGCGGCACCGGAGCCGGAGAAGAACCAUCCUCUCCUCCGGCGCACGAGGAGGACGCGGGCGCCCCGUUCGCGCGGUUCUUCACGUACCCGCAGUACGUGUGGCGCCAGCGCCGGCCGCGAGAGGACUACAGGCCGACGGAGGCGGAGCCGGAGGAGAAGCGCGGCGGCGGGACGGCGGCGGCGGACAUCGAGGUGAGCCUGGUGGAGACGCACGCCAGCGUCCGGGUCAUGGCGCCGCGGCGGCCGGGGCAGCUGCUCAGGAUGGUGGCCGGGAUGGAGGCGCUCAGGCUCGCCGUGCUGCACCUCAACGUCACGGCGCUCGACUCGCUCGCGCUCUACUCACUCAGCCUCAAGGUGGAGGAAGGGUGCGGGCUGGCGACGGCCGACGACGUGGCGGCGGCGGUGCACCACGUGAUCUGCAUCAUCCACGGCGAGGCGACGUCACAGCAGCGGAUGCUCACCGGCAGGCAGCCGGAACUUUUAAGUUAAGCUAGGUAGGCGGUAGGCGCACAUGCCGGCGAGACGGCGCCGCGUAACAUAUGUGAAGCGUAGUGGGGCGCCGCGUAACAUAUGUGAAGCGCAGUGGGCCCUGUGUAGCCGAUGAUUCCGUGUGUUUUUUUAGAGGAAAAGGGCAUUCGCCCUUGUUUCAUUCAUUCAGAGAAUGAACGAAACAAAGCAGUUUGUAGCAUCUCUGCUCCAGGAAGAUAGCAGUUUCUAGUUCACGGCCGAAGAGGCCCUAAUGCCACUA